ACAGCCCCUGCCCCCAUGCUUGCUCCGAGGGCUGGCACGGGGUCUGUUCAUCGCCCCUGUAGGCCGCGUGCGGUUAGGGACUGGAGAGAGGCUGUAAGGGACACCGGCGGCAGGUGGAACAUUCAGGUUUCAGGGAUAAUUUCCUUAGGAGUCGUCCCAUGCCUGCACAUAAAGAUAAUUCGACUGGGGGCCACCCCUGUAAGCCUGAGCUUGCUCUCUAUCCAAGUUUAUGCUUCCUCUUCAGAGAAAGAAAGUGCCAAAAAAGAGUUGCUGAAAAUUGAUGAGCUGUCACUCUACUCCUCUCCAGCUCGUGAGACUAAAUAUGUGGAGAAUCCACAAACCCAAUUGGAAGAGGGGGUUUCACAUUUACGGCAUGCUAUGGAGCCAUACACAGCCUGGUGUCAGGAUCUUUAUGCCAAAGCUAAGCCCCAGUUAGAAAAAGCUGUUGAGCGUGGUAGAGAGGGUUGUGAAUUUCUGCAAAAUCCCCCUGAUGGAUUUUAUCCAAGGCUUGGUGUGAUAGGUUUUGCUGGAAUUCUUGGAUUGUUUCUUGCUAGAGGCUCAAAAAUAAAGAAGUUGGUGUAUCCUGCAGGCUUCAUGGGUAUUGGCGCUUCCAUGUAUUAUCCUCAGCAAGCGGUUGCUGUUGCAAAGGUUGCUGGUACACAGCUGUAUGACUGGAGUCUUCAGGGAUAUAUUGCCGUAGAAUCUCUUUGGAAGGAUAAUCCUAAGAAGAAGAAAUCUGGGAAAAAAAAUGAUAAGGGUGAUGCAGAGGGUGACAAGCCCCAGGACAUCCAUGCUGCUUCAAAUGAAGAGCACGCCGCGAAGUAGAACACCAAAUCACUUGCCAUCAAACAGGUGAACAAAAAUACAGAUGUAAGCAACGAUUUCCCAAGAAAAAGAGGAAAACUGUCUGAAUCCAUUUUGAUUUUGAAUGUGACUAAUCUGCCUUCCCUCUCAGGAAAGAUUGAGAGUGUGCUGCCUGGGCUUCUGGAAUGGAACCUGAGAAAGGACAUUACAUUUGGGUCAGUCUCGAUACCCAAAUCCUCAGUUCUGCGGUGGGACUCAAGUUUGCCAUGCUUGUCCCAUUGCAGGAACAGCACUGCAAGUAGCAAGUCUCAAAAUUCUUCGGUCUUGUUAUUAUUUAUAUGUAAAAUAAAAAUCCAGUUGCAUAAA